GACAGAGAAAAAGGAAGGAUGAGAAGAGGAGUGUAGGUGAAAAAAGAAGCCUUUUUCAUUAUUUACUGAGUGGUUUUUGGCCUAAUUCUCCCUCCAAGAUUUGGUUUUGAGGAUUUGGCUUCCUCAGUGGCUGGAGCGAGCAGAGCUUUCCUUCCUCCGCCUUCCUCUGAUCCUACUUCUCGUCCCGGAACUCGAGUGCAGGUGAUAAUGUUUCCGAAGAGGCGACUGCUUUUGUCCAUAAAAAAAAAAUUUCAUCUUUGACGCUUUCUCCCAACUUGAGCGUUGAAACAGGAAGCUGCUGGUCGUUCAUCCUCGACUUUUGAACUUGCCAUGGAAGAAGAUCUCGAGAACAGAGGAGGUGCAUGUCCUCAGCUGCUCGAUCUGAUUCCAAAUGAGAGCGACUGGAUGAUGGCGCCAGAGGCAUCAGGAGGAGGAAGAGGAGUCGGCGGCUUAGAUGACUCGGAAGACAAAAAGUUGGAGCUGAAGCUUGGGCUCCCUGGAGUAGGAGGAGGAGAAGAAGAGGCUGCUGCUGUUCUCUGUCUUGAUUUCUUCUCCAAGGCUUCAAAGACCACCACCACCACCACCUGUACUGGAGCCAGAAGACGGCUCUUCGAAUCUGCAGAGUCCAAAUCAGAAGGUCCUCAGCAAGAGCAGCAGGCUGGGUUCCUCCAGUUGCAGAGCAGAGCAGAGUCUGGGAAUGAAUGGCCACACAAGGCAGUUUGGGCUGGUGGGAAGGCUGAUCUGCAGCAAAGCCAUGCUGCUCCCGGAGGUGCAGCUGGACCCAACACCAGCUCCCAGACAAGAGCUGCACCUGCUCCUGUUGUUGGUUGGCCUCCUAUCCGCUCCUUCAGAAAGAACCUGUCAAGUAGUUCGGUCAAGCCAUCAGUUGGGUUGGAGAAUGACAAUGCAGAGAUGAAGCAGAAGUUCGAUAACAACAAGAAAGGCUUGCUCGUAAAGAUCAACAUGGAUGGUAUCCCCAUCGGAAGAAAAGUAGACCUGAAGGCCUAUGACAAUUAUGAGAAGCUCUCUUUAGCUGUCAAAGAGCUCUUCCUUGGCCUUCUUGCUGCUCAAAGGGACACCCCUGAAAAUGAGAAUGAAGCAGCCAAACAAGCAUUCGUAGGCUUGUUAGAUGGUUCCGGUGAAUACACUUUGGUUUAUGAAGACAAUGAAGGUGACAAAAUGUUCGUCGGGGAUGUUCCAUGGGACAUGUUUGUUUCAACGGUUAAAAGGUUGAGGGUGCUGAAAAGUUCUGAUCUCGCUGCAUUACGUUUAGGAGCAGUCAGCAGGAAAAGAACAGCAACUGAAAGUUGAGUAGAAUGAGAAACACAAAGUUUGGGUUAUGCAUCCAUCUUUCCUCAUCUUUGGAUGUUAUUGGCUAAUGCAACUGGACUAAUUCCUAACUAUUUUGGGGGUUGUUGAACUCAUAUUCCUGAUAAACCAUGUAUCGGUGCAAUCGAAUGUUAAUCCAGUGUACAUACUCCCAUAAUCACUCAUUUAUCUGAGUUUGAAUUGCAUGAUAACACCAAGGAUUUUUGGAA